CUACACUUUGACUUUGAUUUUGAUCUAUCAAUUACGAACUUGCGAUCAUCCUGAUUCCUAACUGGAUCUCAGAAAAUAAAUAUAUUGAAAUAGUUUUAAGAUCCGACAAAAUCUCAACCUUCACCUCAAACGGAAAAAUGGCGAAGAUCACGAUGAUGAAUUCUCUCCUCUCUCUAGUAUUAGUCUUCUUCAUAGCCUCAUCAUCGGUAAUUGCCGGCUCCGAUUCUCCUUUCAUCGUAGCUCACAAGAAAGCUACACUCAACAGACUCAAAUCCGGCGCUGAAAAAGUCUCCGUUUCUAUCGACAUAUAUAACCAAGGAUCUGCGGCUGCAUAUGAUGUUAGCCUCAGCGAUGAAGGCUGGUCUUCUGAGAUAUUCAGCAUCAUCUCAGGGAACACUUCAACUUCAUGGGAAAGACUUGAUGUUGGUGCUGUUCUAUCACACUCGUUUGAGUUAGAGUCAACAGUGAAAUCUGUCUUUUACAGCACACCUGCUGUUAUUACAUUCCGUGUCCCCACAAAGGCUGCACUACAGGAGGCAUAUUCAACCCCACUUCUGCCUCUUGAAAUACUAUCUGAUAAGCCACGUGAGAAUAUAUUUGAUCUUGCUAAGGUAUGGAAUACACUUUUUUAUAAAUUACUAGAAAAAAUUUGGACAAAUGUGAAAUGUCGUUUUUAA